AUGUCAAAUAGCAGGGCUAGGGGUGCAGUCAAUUACCCAGAAGUUGAAGAAAAACUACUGAGCCUUAUAAGAGCCAAAACGCCCAGACUCAUCAAACCGAAUCUAUCUGCACUUGGACCGGUUACUGUCGUAGCAACGGUGAAGCAAAUCAUCGGUUUGAACGAGCGGAAAGGCACGUGGAAGGCCAAGAUCUCCUUUCGCGUGAAUUAUGCUUUCAAUCUGUCUGCUUACGAGUCACCUUUGCUGUGGAGUUUGGAAGACUUCGGAGGGAUAGAGUGUCUGAUGGUUCCCGAGGACACGUUUUGGUACCCAUCCUUAACGAUUGAGAACAUUGUUGAUCCCAGUUUCAACAUAAAACCGACUAAAAAUAUCAUUUGGAACAAUGGAUGGGUUGUGUCAGAACGGCUUGUCUUGAUGCCUGAAAUGUCGUGUUCAUUUGAUGUGUCGAAGUUCCCAUUUGACCAGCAAACCUGCAGUGUUGUCAUUGUCCCGCAAAUAGACACCAGAUUAAAAAGAUACUACGGCUAUGACCUCCAGAACAAGUCCGGAGGAAGCCAAGAUGAUUUGUUCACUAAAGAUGAACAAUGGAAGCUGAUAUCAGUCACGGCUAGCGGAAGCUACCAACGCGACCGGGUAAUUGUUUCUGUCCAGCUCAAAAGACGUCCUCUGCAUUACACUUUUGUAAUCGUCCUCCCAACAAUUGUGAUCUAUAUUCUAUCGGGGCUGUCAUUUCUUCUCCCCUCGGAUGCAUGUGAGAAAAUAUCAUUCGCAGUUACCAUUCUACUGGCUCAAGUUGUCGCCUUCUCGGCUCUCAGUGAUGUGUUGCCGCCCAGUUCCGUCCACCCACCGUACCUGUUGAAGUUCCUGGUUCGGGUGUUGGGACAUAUGGGAGCGCUGUGUCUGGUUACGGUCUUAGGCAAGUAA